CAGUCACCAGUCCCCACUCCCCACUCGCCUUCCGCCACACCCAAGAAAACCCUACAUCCGGAGGCAUCGUCAUCGCCGGGCGAGAUGAAAGGCGGCGACAUUGAGGCGGGCGGCGACGUCGAGGCGGGCACCGCGGCACCGAAGGGGGCGCCGUACCCCGGGACGACAGAGAGCCCGGAGUUGCGCUGGGCGCUCAUCCGGAAGGUUUACGUCGUCCUCUGCCUGCAGCUUCUCCUCACCGCCGUCGUCGCGGUCGUCUUCGUCAAGGUCCGCAGCAUCCCGCAUUUCUUCGCCUCCUCCUACGUCGGCCUCGGGCUGUACAUCUUCAUCCUCAUCUUCCCCUUCAUCGUGAUGUGCCCAUUGCACUUCUACCGCCAGAAGCACCCGGUCAACCUGCUGCUGCUUGGCGUCUUCACAGUGGCCAUCAGCUUCUCUGUGGGCUUGACAUGUGCCUUCACUAGUGGCAAGGUCAUUUUGGAGGCUGGGAUUCUUACAAUCGUGGUUGUCUUGAGCCUCACUGCUUACACCUUCUGGGCUGCAAGGAGGGGCAAGGACUUUAGCUUCCUUGGUCCUUUCCUAUUUGCUUGUCUGAUGAUUUUGCUCGUCUUUGGGUUCAUUCAGAUCUUCUUCCCGCUGGGCAAGCUCUCUCACAUGAUCUAUGGCGCGCUGGCGGCACUCAUCUUCAUUGGCUACAUUGUCUAUGACACGGGCAACAUCAUCAAGCGUUACAAGUAUGACGAGUAUGUCUGGGCCGCCGUCACGCUCUACCUUGACAUCAUCAAUCUGUUCCUGGGCCUGAUGACCCUGUUUAGGGCGGGUGACAGCUAGGCAGGUCGCCCUGCCCCUACUCUCGCGUGCUUGAAAUCCCGUCGAUGAAUUUGGUAUCCUGAUGAGUCCUUGACAUGAAGAAUUGUAUAGUCUGAUCUGUCUCGCUGGCACGGUGAAAAUGUUGCUUACUUUAGUUGAGUUUAUCCCUAGUAGAGAGGAAACAUAAGAAAACAGUGUGUCGUUUCCGUUCUAUGGAUGGUGGAUGUGAUGUUGUAUUUAGGGGGUCUUUGACAUGCUGGGUUGGUGGUGUUGCGUUUCUGAUAUCAUUUGUCCUUGUGGCAUCUGGACGAGGGCAAUAUUGCUUCCUAGCACAUAUGAAUUGGUCUCUUGGCCUGCCUAGUUGGUGGCGUUUGUCCUGUACUAUGAAGUAAAUAGCCCAGAUUCUAA